AUGGCCUCAAAUUCAUCAAAGCAUUCAACCUCAGUCUAUCAGCCAACGGCCACCGGGUCGCCCACUUCCACAGCCGGAGAUGGCUCGGCAUCGGGAAAGUCCGUCGAUUCAGCCGUUGCUGGCGGAGGACCAGUGGCUGGUGGAAGCGGUGGUGGCCACGGCAGUCACUCCUCCUCAGCCCACCACCGUCACCACCGAUCCUCGCUCACCCGAGCCGGCUCCUCCUCGACCUCUUCCGCAGCUUCUGGCAGUAUAAUUCGCUCUAGCACGGGGUGGUUCCAGCGGCGUGUCAACCUCAGGCCGGUACAUCGAGGCUGUCACCUGGUCACCGAUGAGGUGCUCAAGCAGAUUCCCGAGAUUGGCCAGUUUCAAGUGGGCAUCUGCCAUCUGCACAUCAUGCACACCUCGGCCAGUCUGACGCUGAAUGAAAACUGGGACCCUGAUGUGCGCGAGGACAUGGAGAUGUUCCUCACCUCUUUUGUGCCCGAGAAUCUGCCCUUUCGACACACCUGCGAGGGCCCGGAUGACAUGCCGGCGCACGUGAAAGCCUGCUUCAUCGGCUCCAGCCUCAGUCUGCCCAUCACCGAGGGCCGCCUCGGUCUGGGCACCUGGCAGGGCAUCUGGCUGUGUGAGCACCGAAACACCGCCGGCAGCCGCAAGAUCAUGGUCACCAUCAAUGGGGCACUCAAGCCGUGA